AUUUGAGUUGACCGCUACAGUACUUAAUUCUGCUUAAUUUACUUGUUCUUCAAGCAAUUAUUAUCAGAAAUCAUAACCAUCUUAGGAAUCAAAACCCAUUUUUCAAUUUUUCAAAAAGAAAAAGAAAGAAGAUGGCUGUAGAGUCUUUUGCUUUCUGUAUUGCUGAGAAAGUAUUGGAAAAGGUAGCUUCAAAUGCUUACAAAGAGAUUUGUUGUGCAUUGGGUUAUGAAGGAGAACUAAAAAAGCUUGAAGAUAUUUUAUCAACUAUAAAAGCUGUGCUAUUAGAUGCAGAGGAGAAGCAGAGAACGAAUCGCCAGCUGCGUAUUUGGCUGGCUAAGCUUAAAGAUGCUCUUUAUGAUGCUGAGGAUGUUUUUGAUGAAUUUGAGUGUGAAACUAAGAAAAGGCAAGUGCUUAAAUUAUAUGGAAGCACCAUUAAAAAGGUGGGUCACUUUUUUUCAUCCUCUAAUCCACUUGCAUUUCGUUUUAAAAUGGGUUAUAAAAUAAAGGAAAUAAGAGAAAGAUUAGAUGAGAUUGCAAGUCAUAAAUCUAAAUUUCAUCUCAAUGAACAAGAUGAAAACAAAUAUUUUGUACAUAGGACAAGGGAUAUGACCCACUCUUAUGUGGAAGCUUCUGAUAUCCUUGGAAGAGAUGGAGAUAAAGAAAACAUUAUCAAAUUUUUAACAGAUGAUAGGAAAAUGUCUAUCAUUCCUAUCGUGGGACUAGGAGGUUUGGGAAAAACCGCACUCGCUAAAUUGGUUUAUAAUGAUGAAAGAGUAGAGAGACAAUUUGAACUGAAAAUGUGGGUUUGUGUAUCAGAAGAUUUUGAUCUAAAAAUAUUAGUAGAGAAAAUUAUCAAAUCAGCAACCAGUGGCAAGAGACUUCACGUAGAAAGCUUGAGCAAUUUGGAAAUGGAUCCAUUACAAAGAAUCUUGCAAGAAACAAUUGGUGAUAAGAAAUAUCUACUGGUCUUAGAUGAUGUUUGGAACGAUGAUCCCAUGAAAUGGAAUGAACUGAAAGAAUUAUUGUAUAUGGGAGCAAAUGGAAGUAAAAUCUUGGUGACAACUCGUAAUAACCAAGUGGCCUCCAUUGUAGGAACCGUUCCUGCUUAUGAAUUAUCAGGUCUCUCUCAUGAUUUGUGCAUGACUUUAUUCACUAAAUUAGCAUUUAAAGAAGGGAAAGAGAAGAACUACAGAAGCUUGUUAGAAAUAGGGCAUGAAAUUGUCAAGAAAUGUGGAGGGGUUCCCCUAGCUGUGAAGACACUAGCCUCGCUUCUUUUUAUGAGAACUGAAGAAAGUUUCUGGAAAUUUAUUAGAGAUAAUGAGUUAUGGAAAUUGGAGCAAAAAGAAAACGAUAUUUUACCUGCUUUAAGGUUAAGUUAUGAGCAAUUGCCAUCUGAGUUGAAAAGAUGUUUUGCUUAUUGUUCGCUUUAUACAAAAGACCAUAGGUAUAGUGACAUUGAGUUAGUUCAAGUUUGGAUGGCACAUGGACUUGUUCAAUCAAUGGAUGAAAAUGAGGAAUUGGAAGAUGUGGGUAUGGGUUAUUUUAAGGAGCUAGCAUCCAAGUGUUUUUUCCAAGAUUUUGAUGAAAAGUUUGGGUUUAUUUGGUGUAAAAUGCAUGAUCUAUUUCAUGAUCUUGCAUUAUCAAUCACACAAAAUGAAUACUCAAUAAUAACCUCUACCACUAGACAUAUCUCCAAAAAUGUCCGACACUUGUUAUUUCCUGACACAGCUUCACUUCCUGAAGACCUUUCUGUGAUUUUACAUGGCUUAUAUCGUGUAAGAACAAUUGUCUUUAUGAGUGAGGAAAAAGAUCUUAAUGGCAAAUUAAUGUUGGACUUGAACUCGUCGAGGUUUCCAUACUUGAGGAUGUUGGAUUUAAGUCACUUGACAUUAGAGGUUCCAUUGCAGAGAAUAAGCACUUUAAAGCAUUUGAGGUUGUUCCAUUUACAUGGGAAUUCUAGAAUUAUCAAAGUCCCAAAUUCUAUAUGUAAGUUACAAAAUUUACAAGCUCUGUUUCUUUGCCAAGGAAUUGAAGAGGUGCCGAAUAAUAUAAGGUACUUGAUUAGCCUUAGAUUUCUUGAAAUAACAACAAAAGAGAAGCAGUUACCGAAUAAUGGAUUAGGGUGCUUGAAAUCUCUUCGGUUCUUACUCUUUUUUGGGUGUGAAAAUUUAGAAUACUUGUUUGAAGACAUGCAAGGUCUUCAUCAUCUUCGUUUCCUACUUAUUAAUGAAUGUAAAAGCUUAAUCUCUGUGCCCCGAGCUAUGAAAUACUUAGUUGCACUCAAGACUCUUUGUAUCUGUAAUUGUGAAAAUCUUGAUUUGACAAUAGAGGAAGGGAAUGCUAACGAAGAGUUGAGUGCUUUUAGCCUUCAAAAAUUGAUAAUAGUCGGGUUGCCAAAACUGGUGAAUUUUCCCCAUUGGCUUCUUGAAGGAUCUAACUAUUCUCUGCAACUCUUGCAUCUUGAAGAUUGUGAUAAUCUCAGAGAAUUGCCUGUAUGCUUCCAAAAUAUAGUGUCUCUUCAAGAAUUAAGGAUUCAAAAUUGCGGCAAAUUGAGAGAAAGAUGUGAACUUAAAGAAGGUCAAGACUGGUCCGAGAUUGCUCAUAUUCCUGAAGUUAUCAUUGAUGGCAACAACAUUCAAUCACCACAUGACGAUAAUGAUGAUUAGGGUCUGGAUUCUAUGUGUCUUUAAUGAUUGGAACAGCUAUUUCCAGUCUUGGGCAAUGGUUUUACUUCCGAUAACCAAAGCUUUUUAUUUAUUUUCACAUUUGGAUUUGGGUGGAAGCAAGCAAAUGAUAUUUAUUCUCAGAAUUCUCAUCCUUUUUUUUCCUAUUUUAUUUGUAUAUUUUUCUGUGCUUGAAUAUUCAACUUGUAGUAUAAAUAAAAGUAAUUGUUUGGACCAAA